CGCAAAAGCUCACCGCGUUUCGAUCAGUGGCCAUAACCGCGUUUACAAACGACACCGCCGGUUCUCUCGUACUUCUUGCGCUCGUUGUCGCUGCAGAAAUUUCGUAACCGCCGCCUGAAAGGACCCGAGGCGCGACAGCAUGUCUUCGCGACUGAUAGUUCUCUUCUUUUUGAUAUGUUGUGCAACGGCGGAAAUUCGAGAUGAAGAAUUUGAUCUGUUCCCUAGGUUGCCCCUUGGUGUCAUCGACACGGACAACGUUGUGUGCAAGAAACAGAGCAGGGUGUAUAUCGAGAAUCUCAGGAAUCUCUCUCUAUGGGCCCAUGAAAAUAUAUUGAAUCUUUUCCAAUCGGUCAUUCAUCUGAAGAGUCUUAGUUCAAACGCAGAAAGAUCAGAUCAAAUAAAGCAAAAAGACUUCAGACAACAAAUGAGAAUAAAUAAUCGAUAG